CUUUACUUAUAUAAAUACUAAAACACGGGGAAAAACUGUCAAUUUAACCAAUUUACCCACCCGCAAUGGCCUUCCAGCUUUACAUCCCUAAGAACCUUGAGUUCCGCGAUUAUAUCGCCAUUGUCCAGACAGCACGCGCUUUCGCUGACGGCUAUGAUAAAAAGGAUGCAUUGCGUCUAUGCGCCGUCAUUGGGCCCCAAAUCGAAGUCGACUACCGACUUGUCUCAGAUACAAUAUUGAGCAAGACUUAUAACCAGGAGGAUUUCAUCGCCGAAUUUCUCUCACCCGAGUUACUGGGAAAUCGAAGAUUGCUUACACAGCAUCUGCUGGGUCAAUGUUAUUUCAAGUCAGUUUCGCCAAGCGAGAUCGUGGUCCAAUGGCAGCAAAUUGCCGGUCACGGGAGAUGGAUGGAAAGUUCUCACCCUUUGAAAAAGCAAGUAGAUAAAACAAGUGAUGGGAGAACUUAUAUGGAGCAGAGAUAUACUAAGAUCGAUGAAUGUUGGAAAAUUGCCGGGUUGAAGCCUUCGAUGUUGUAUGAGUCUGGGGAGUUUGAGGAUGUGGUUGGUGAGCAGUGAAAUCGAACACAAAUU